UUUCUAGCGCGAAAUAACGUGUGGAUCAACAAGUGUGAAACGUAAAAAGGGGUCUGCACAGAACGUGAUGACAAUCCAGAAAAUCUACAAACAGCCUGCUCUGAGUGAAGGGACAACAAAACUGCUGAAGAGCAGAAUAAAAGGCUUACUGAAGAAAGAUGUCUCUGUUUUGCAGACAGAGCACUGUUACUACAUCCUGACAUCAACACAAGCCAUUACUGAUGAAGAGGAGAAGAAGCUGCUAUGGAUUCUGGGUACCCCGUUCCUGGAGGGGAAUGUACAGAGGACAAGUCAGCUGAAACCCAGUGUCCAGGACACAGACCUGCUGCUGGAGAUAGGGCCCAGGUUAAAUUUUUCGACAGCCUUCUCAACAAAUGCAUGCUCCAUCUGCCGGUCGGUGGGUUUGAAGAAUGUACAGCGUAUAGAGAGCUCUACACGCUAUCUCAUCAGAUUUACUGAUGGCUACAAACCAUCCCUGAAAGAGGAGGAGCUUAUCUUGUCAAUUAUGCAUGACAAGAUGACUCAGUGUCGCUAUCAGCAACCAUUGGACAGCUUUGAGCUCAAUGUGAGCCCUGAGGAGGUGUAUGAAAUUGAUGUCCUGGGAAGUGGGAAGGCGGCACUUGAAAAGGCCAACAGAGAGUUAGGGCUAGCGUUUGACAGCUGGGACCUGGAAUACUACACGGAGCUGUUUUGUGAGAAGAUGAAGAGGAACCCCACGAAUGUGGAGUGUUUUGAUCUGGCUCAGUCAAACAGCGAGCACAGCCGACAUUGGUUCUUCAAAGGUCGUAUGCAGAUUGAGGAGCUGGAGGAGGAAGAGGAUCUCUUCUCCCAGAUCAUGGCCACCCAGAUCACCUCCAACAACAACAACAUCAUCAAGUUCUCGGACAACAGCAGCUGUAUUAAGGGGUAUGAGGUGAAGUGCCUAUCCUCUGAGAAUCCCUGUAAAGCCGCACCAUUUUGUGUGAAGGAUGAGGCCAGGCAUAUCGUCUUCACCGCAGAGACCCACAAUUUCCCAACAGGUGUGGCUCCAUUCCCAGGGGCCACGACGGGGACAGGGGGUCGUAUCCGGGACGUCCAGGCCACAGGCCGUGGGGCACAUGUGGUGGCUGGCACAGCGGGCUACAGCUUUGGCAAUCUCCACAUUCCAGGUUACCCAUUGCCCUGGGAGGAUCCAUCCUUUGAGUACCCCAGUAACUUUGCCUCACCAGUGGAGGUGGCCAUCGAGGCCAGUAAUGGAGCGUCCGAUUAUGGGAACAAGUUUGGAGAGCCAGUACUGACGGGGUUUGCUCGCUCAUUCGGCAUGAAGCUGUCCAAUGGAGAGAGGAGAGAAUAUAUCAAACCUAUCAUGUUCAGCGGAGGCAUCGGAAUGCUCAGCUCAGAGCAUGUCUGUAAAGAAGAGGCCCAGAAGGGAAUGGAAGUGGUGAAGCUGGGAGGCCCGGUGUACAGGAUAGGUGUCGGGGGUGGGGCGGCCUCCUCUAUUCAGGUACAGGGGGACAACCAGGCAGAGCUGGAUUAUGGGGCGGUGCAGCGGGGAGAUGCAGAAAUGGAGCAGAAGCUGAACAGGGUGAUACGGGGGUGUGUGGAGAUGAGGCAGAACCCCAUCUGUAGUAUACAUGAUCAGGGAGCAGGCGGCAAUGGUAAUGUCCUUAAGGAGAUUGUUGCACCUGCAGGAGCAGUGAUCAGAGCCGAGGAUUUUGAGAUGGGAGACCCGACCAUCAACAUCCUGGAGCUGUGGGGGGCAGAGUACCAGGAGAGUAAUGCUGCACUGGUUCGUCAGGCUGACCGGGGUGUGCUGGACGCUCUCAGUCAGAGAGAGAGGUGCCCUGUCUGCUAUGUGGGCACAGUAACAGGGGACGGCAAGAUACGACUGAUUGAUCGCGAGAAGAUCACCGAGGAGAAUGGACGUGAAGCGAAGAGGGCCCGCACAGACUGUCCCGUUGACCUAGACUUGGAGCUUGUGUUGGGGAAGAUGCCGAGGAAAGUGUUUAAGCUGGAGCGUUCCUUGCCUCCCGUAGAGGGACUCACCUUACCUGAGAACCUGAGUGUCCUGGACGCCUUACAGAGAGUGCUGCGCCUCCCCUCCGUGGCCAGUAAGCGCUACCUCACUAACAAGGUAGACCGGUCAGUGACAGGCCUAGUUGCCCAGCAGCAGUGUGUGGGGCCUCUCCACACGCCCCUGGCUGAUGUGGCCAUCACAGCGCUCUCUUACUUUGGGAAGACAGGGUCAGCUACGGCGAUAGGAGAACAGCCAAUCAAAGGGUUGAUAGAGCCAGCUCAAGGGGCCAGGAUGGCAGUCGGAGAGGCUCUCACAAAUCUAGUCUUUGCUCAGAUCACUAAUCUCAAGGAUGUGAAGUGUAGCGGUAACUGGAUGUGGCCUGCUAAGUUACCUGGGGAGGGGGCAGCUCUGGUGGAUGCCUGUAAGGCCAUGUGUGCUGUCAUGAAGGACUUGGGGAUUGCGGUGGACGGUGGGAAGGACUCGCUGAGUAUGGCAGCCAGGGUUGGACAGGACACCAUCAAAGCUCCGGGCACACUGGUCAUAUCUGUGUAUGCUGGAUGCGAAGAUAUCACAGCUACCAUCACACCAGACCUCAAGUGUACCUAUGACAAGGGGGCACUUCUGUAUGUGCCUUUCUCUAGGGGUCGCAACCGACUUGGUGGGUCAGCUUUAGCCCAGUGCUAUCAGCAGCUCGGAGAUGACAGCCCAGACUUAGAUGACCCUCAACUGUUUGUACAGGCUUUCAACGUCACGCAGAACCUUAUACAAGAGGGCCUGUUGACUGGAGGGCAUGACGUCAGUGACGGAGGACUGAUUACCUGUCUCCUUGAGAUGGCAUUUGCAGGGAAUUGUGGGAUUCAUGUCGACAUUCCUGCAUUUGAAGAUGGGAGUGAGAUAGAAGUACUGUUUGCAGAAGAGCUUGGUGUGGUUCUUGAGAUCCCAAACUACAACAGAGAUGUCGUACCAAAGUUUUACCAGUCCAAAGAUGUACCCUGCUUCCUGAUUGGAUCAUCCAGAAAGUCUGAUGAGCCAUUGGUGAGUGUGAGCGUGGGGACUAAGGAGGUACUGACCCACAGGAUGACUCAACUGAGGGACCUGUGGGAACAGACAAGCUUCCAGCUGGAGCGGUUACAGUGUAACCCCGAGUGUGUGGAGCAAGAACAAGCUGGCCUGAGGGAGAGGGGAGAGCCUCCCUACCACACACCCUUCCUGAUCACAGACCCCAUGAUACCUCUCGGGACUAGCACAGCAGCUGGGAAACCUAAAGUUGCCAUCAUUCGUGAAGAAGGGAGUAAUGGAGACAGAGAAAUGGCAGCUGCAUUCCACAUGGCGGGUUUUGAGACAUGGGACGUCAACAUGGAGGACCUGUGUACAGAGCAGAUAACACUAGAGCAGUUUCGAGGCGUGGCAUUUGUAGGAGGGUUUAGUUACGCGGAUGUGUGCGGAUCAGCUAAAGGCUGGGCAGCGGCCAUUUUGUUUAACAGCGUGGUACGGGAUCAAUUUAUGCAGUUCCGAGAUCGCCCUGACACCUUCAGCUUGGGCGUGUGCAAUGGUUGCCAGCUGAUGGCUUUGCUGGGCUGGGUGGCCCCCAUGGGCAAAGAAUCAGGAGAUUCAUUAAACCAGCAGGGUGUGCUGUUUGAUCACAAUGUGUCUGAGAGAUACGAAUCAAGGUUUGCGACUGUGAAGGUCGUGUCGAGCCCAUCUGUGUUGCUCAAGGACAUGGAGGACACCGUGUUUGGGAUGUGGGUCUCUCAUGGAGAAGGCCGUGUGGUCUUCAAGAGUGACUCGGUGUACAAGAAUGUAAUUGGGAAGAAUCUCUCUCCUGUGCGUUACGUGGACGAUAAGGGUAUCGCCACGACCACAUAUCCUCUCAAUCCCAAUGGCUCAGUGGAUGGAAUUGCCUCCCUCUGCUCUGAAGAUGGCCGCCACCUGGCCAUCAUGCCGCACCCUGAGCGGGCUUUCCUGGCCUGGCAGUGCCCGUGGAUGCCGUACAAACAGAGACAAGAGGGCGGACUCCUCUCCCCGUGGAUAAAGAUGUUUCAGAAUGCCUACUCUUGGUGUAUAGAGCCACCUCCAUCCUGUGCAUAGCUCCUCCCAUACGGGGCUGUUUCUCAAGGGUGUGUAGCAUUAUACCUCCCUUAAUCACAUAUGCUGACCGAAUACGCUGCCUUGGCACUUGUGACUGGCACAACGUUACAAGGGGUUCGAGAAACAUCCUUCAAGGGCAGAGUAACAUCCAUCCAGGGCAUAGCAACAUCCCACUUGUGCAAGAUCACUAUGUCUUAAGUACAGUAGAACUCAGAAUUGUCUCUUAAUAGCUCAGUAAAGUAUUGUGAUUACAGAACUGUCUGUUAUGAAACUCUACUGUAAUGCUUUAAAUGAAAGUGCUUUAUAUAUGGUAAUGACAGAAUUGUCUAUUGUUAAGGCUCCAUGCUUGAAUGGUAAUUACAGAGUUGUCUAUUAUGAGACUCGCUGCUUUAAUGGUAAUUACAGAACUGUCUAUUAUGAGGCUCUCUGCUUUAAUGGUAAUUACAGACCUACUAGUAUCUAUUAUGUGGCUCUGCUUUAAUGGUAAUUACAGAACUGUCUAUUAUGAGGCUCUCUGCUUUAAUGGUAAUUACAGACCUACUGGUAUCUAUUAUGUGGCUCUGCUUUAAUGGUAAUUACAGAACUGUCUAUUAUGAGGCUCUCUGCUGUAAUUGUAAUUUCAGAACUGUCUAUUAUGAGACUCUCUGCUUUAAUGGUAAUUACAGAAAUAUACAUAUGUAGCUCUACGUUGAUGUGUGUAUCAAUAACUGUGUAUAGUACAGCAUUAUGUAAUAGUACUUUCACAGGUGUCACUGUUUUAAUUGUAACAUGCUGUAAUAAUGGUAAUUAUAGUUUUAUGAGGCUGUUUCAAUAUGUUAAUUUGACUGUAAAGUACACAGUUUUGUCAAUCUGAAAUUAUUUCAUUAUUAUGAAAUGUAAGAUACUUUAAGCAUGUGCUAUAAAAGUUUUUUGUAUUAGUCAGACCCCCAGUUUUCUAGGUUCAUGUGAUUUUCUUGCACUCUUGCUUUUGUCAGUACCAUACCAUUUCUGCUUUGGGGGCUUCCGUGGCUCAGUUGGUUAGCGCUGACCCAGGAGCCUCUCACCAAUGCGGUGGCUGUGAGUUCAAGUCCAGCUCAUUCUGGCUUCCUCUCCGGCCGUACGUGGGAAGGUCUGCCAGCAACCUGCGGAUGGUUGUGGGUUCCCCCUGGCCCUGCCCAGUCUCCUCCCACCAUAAUGCUGGCCGCUGUCGCAUAAGUGAAAUAUUCUUGAGUACAGCGUAAAACACGAAUUUUUUUUUUUUUUUGAUAUCAUAGAACUGUGAACAAAAAAAGCAUGAGCAAAUAUUUCCAUUUAGUCAUGGGAGUUAUAAGUGUUGAACACAUUCACUUGCGCCAUAAUUCAGCAGGCCGCAGAGCUGUAAACAAAGUGUUGGAGAAGGGCAGUAGUGAGUUGCAUUGGUCAGUAAUUUCAUUCCAGUCUAGGAUGUGUCCUCUAUAGUAACAAUCCCGCCUGUUGCAGAUUUGUCAUUUUUGUGUAUUUGAUAAAAGAUGUAAUUCUAAACUGGUGCAUUCUACUUUUUGCCAAAAAAAAAAACAUUUCUUUUGGUGCUCAUAACUGUGUGUAUGUAUGCCUAUAGAAAGUUAAUUUUCACAGGUAUAUUUUCUCAUUGCAUAUUAGGGAAGCACUUUUCUGGAAUACCCUCUUCAAAUUUUGUGCUUAUGAUAUGGUUUAAGGAAAAGCUUUCACAAAGAUCUGUCUCAUCUGGGGAAAAAAUUUCUCAGAGGAAAUGUGACACUGUCUCACAAGAAGAUAUAAGGGCUCCAUGUCCAGCUGUCUCAAUAGAUUAGUGAGUUACUCCUGCUUCUGUUGGACACCAAAGCUGUAGUAAGACACUGUAUUGUAAUAAUAUUGUAAGAAUCACUGGCUGUUCAAUCAGUGCGUCGGAUACCGUCCAAUAUGAAUGGUUUUAGUUUGAGAAAUGGUGGCCUUUUUUACAUCUCGGAGGAAGAGUAAAGCUUUCCAAUGUUUUAGCAGAGCUUUAUGUGUAAUCACUGUUCUCAUAAUGACAUGUAACAAGUGUUCUCAUAAUGUGUAACCAGUGUUCUCAUAAUGACAUGUAACCUGGUGUUCUCAUAAUGACAUGUAACCAGUGUUCUCAUAAUGACAUGCAACCUGGUGUUCUCAUGUGUAACCACUGCUCUCAUAAUGAUGUGUAAUCAGUGUUCUCAUAAUGUGUAACCACUGUUCUCGUAAUGUAUAAUCAGUGCUCUCUUUGUGUUUAACCGAUGUUCUCCGUAUGUGUAACCAAUGUUCCCCAAAUAUUUCACCAGGUGUGUAGGUUUAAGCACUAAUCUCCCAAUGUUUCAGCAGAUCCCAAGGUGUAAGCAAUGUUCUCCCAAUGUUUCACCAGAUCCCUAGGUGUAAGCAAUGUUCUCCCAAUGUUUCACCAGAUCCCUAGGUGUAAGCAAUGUUCCCCCAAUGUUUCACCAUACUCCUAGGUGUAAGCAUUGUUCUCCCUAUGUUUCAACAGAUGCCUAGGUGUAAGCAAUGUUUCACCAGAUUCCUAGGUGUAAGCAGUGUUCCCCCAAUGUUUCACCUUACUCUUAGGUGUAAGCAGUGUUCUCCCUAUGUUUCACCAGAUUCCUAGGUGUAAACAGUGUUCCCCCAAUGUUUCACCAGAUUCCUAGGUGUAAGCAAUGUUCCCCCAAUGUUUCACCAGAUCCCUAGGUGUAAGCAGUGUUCUCCCUAUGUUUUAACAGAUUCCUAGGUGUAAGCAAUGUUCCCCCAAUGUUUCACCAGAUUCCUAAGUGUAAGCAAUGUUCCCCCAGAUUCCUAGGUGUAAGCAGUGUUCUCCCUAUGUUUCAACAGAUCCUACGGUACGAGCACUGCUUCCCCAUUGUUUCAACAGAUACCAAGGUGUAAGCAGUGUUCUGCCAAUGUUUCACCAGAUCCCUAUGUGUAAGCAAUGUUCUCCAAAUGUUUCACCAGGUCUCUGGGUGUAAGCAAUGUUCUCCCUAUGUUUCACCAGAUUCCUAGGUGUAAGCAAUGUUCUCCAAAGUUUCAGCGAUCCCCGUAUGUUUAUGUUGAAACUGUUACGAAGUCCUCUCCAGAAUGAUGGCGAGUAGUCUAGGUGACCUUUGGGACAAUAGCCAGGGAUAUGGGAAGAAAAUCUCAAGCAAGCAUGAUGUGGUUUGGAUAAGUUUGUGGCUCAGUGGUGGAUUAAUUCCUUGGUAAAUAAAUAAGUACACCAACUGUAACCCUGUAAAACUGUAACUUAUGGCUGUCUUGACAUGUUUUUGGUAUGUUCGUUGUGUCUAAUUGCGUAAUUUCCACGGAGAACAUCCGCCAUCUUCAUGGUAUGGUAGUAUUAUUUGUAAGUCGAUGGUCAUUGUGAAAUGGAAGCACGUUUUUAUUCUAAAGGAAUGUCAGCUGCUGUGUUUAGCAAGUGAAUGCCGGACAGGAUGUCUCUAAUCUUUUAGUAUAGCUCUUGUUCUCAUAAUCAAAAAAGCAUCUGUCUGUAAUGGUAUUGUAUUACCAACCCAUAAAUGGAUGUAUAAAUUUGACGUGUUCUAUUGGAGCGCAGAUCACAGUACAGAGCAGCCAAAAUGGUUUGCUUUUCAUCAUUACCUCGACUACAUUACUGGUGUGGAAUAUGUGUUCAGCAGGGAGCGGACAGAUUUCACGUCACGUGAGACGGUACUAGGUUGAAAUCUGACAUUAUGUCACAGUGUUGUCAUUAAUGUUUUAUUGUUUUAUGUGGAUUAUAUAAAAGGAACAAACAGCGUGAUGAAAGUGACGUCGUAAGAACGCCAUUAUACGGAAAGAUUCGGGCUUCUGCGGUGAAGUUUAUACCUCAUUAAUCAAUGCAAUCUUUGUAAUUCACGGGACCAAAACUGUUACGUUUUUAAUUACCCAGCCUAUGUUGUUAUCCGCGAUUCUCAAUCUAUUCGCAUAUGGACGCAAAAUCGAAAGAACUAUAUUUUAGUCUUGUAUUAAAAACAACACAAACAAAAAAAAUAAUAAUUUAAAUGAUGUGUGAUUUAUUUAUUUUGGAAGCGUUUGAAACAUGUUUAAUGUGAGCCUACUGUACAUUUAUACGGGAUAUAACCCCUGACAAGGUUGAGAGAUUAGCUUGUAUAUUCCUGCAUUUGUUCAGAUGUGAGAAGCUGCGGGGGUAUAUGAUGAGGGGCGUUGUUUCUUUCCCUUUUUUAGUACCCUGUGCUGGUGUGCGUGUGUAAAUCUUCGUGUAUUUUAUACAUGUACAUAUGUCACCAGGCCAAAUAACUUCAUCUAGUAUUAAUCCUUGCCGUACAAAUUGUGUUUUUGUGUCAAAGCGUCCAAAGAAUGCGUAAUUUACGACCGCAGCAUAAUACUCCGUAUUGUACAGAUAAAUAGACAUUUAAAACAAAUCUACUGAUAUUGUUAUGAUAUUGUUAUACACCAUUCUGGUUCUGUGGUGUUCCAAGACGCUAUAUGAGAAAACCCAUACCUGUAUUUUUUUCACAGUAGAAUGUGAGAUGCGACAGGUGUAUACAUGUUAAACUUUUACGUGUAAUGAUUUCAUAUGAGCCUAUUUCACUGUGUUCUGGCCGCAAUAUGGCUUACAUAUAGCCGACAUGGAGAUAAACAUCAACUUAAUAUGAGAGUAAAUUUUAAAAUGAGAGUAAAUAGCUAUGUCUGUCCCCGGAAGGAAAGUUGAAACACGUGCUUGUGUUUGUAACUUGUAUUUAACACUGAAAUGGAGGUAAAGCACAUGGGUGUUUGUCUACAAGUGUCAGAGAUUGCCUGUUGGGUGUGAUUUAACUCUGAAUUGUUGGGUGUGAUUUAACUCUGAAAUGGAAGUAAAGCACAUGGGUGUUUGUCUACAAGUGUCAGCGAUUGCUAGUUGGGUGUGAUUUAACACUGAAAUGGCGGUAAAGCACAUGGGUGUUUGUCUACAAGUGUCAGAGAUUGCCUGUUUGGUGUGAUUUAACACUGAAAUGGAGGUAAAGCACAUGGGUACAAGUGUCAGAGAUUGCCUGUUUGGUGUGAUUUAACACUGAAAUGGAGGUAAAGCACAUGGGUACAAGUGUCAGAGAUUGCUAGUUGGGUGUGAUUUAACACUGAAAUGGAGGUAAAGCACAUGGGUACAAGUGUCAGAGAUUGCUAGUUGGGUGUGAUUUAACACUGAAAUGGAGGUAAAGCACAUGGGUACAAGUGUCAGAGAUUGCUAGUUGGGUGUGAUUUAACACUGAAAUGGAGGUAAAGCACAUGGGUACAAGUGUCAGAGAUUGCUAGUUCGGUGUGUAGUGGCAAGUACUGGUAAGAUUAAAUCAGACUUUUCAGCAUAGAUGCCUGAAGCAACAGGAAUUGACAUAACUGUUCUACUAUUGAUGUGUGGUUAACAGUGGUUAGUGUAAAAUAUGUAAAUGAGUAUAAUUGAGAUUAAGAUGUACAAUGAUGUCGGCAUUGGUUUUCUGUGAAACUGAAAAUGUUAUUGUUAAUUGUUAAAUAAUGAGAGAAGACUUGGUGGAUUGUAAAUGUAUGCCUUGCACUGUAGACGUUUGAUUCUGAUCCUCGCCUUGGACACAUUGAAAGUCUUAGUCAUAACAAAACAGAAAGUGACAGGAUUCCAGGUAUGGAAAGGUGUUACAGGAUUGCCUCCCUUUAGACAUUGUGUUCCUUUACCGCUCUAGAGACAUUUAUAUAAGAGUGUCAUCAGCAGGGUUACCCAGUCACAAUAACUCUGUAGUCCUGUUUUAUACACCCCCCCCCCCCUCCCCACCCUCAAUACCGUAAAGCCAGUUUAUUCAGUGCUGCUUGAGGUUUAACCCAAAAGCAAAUACGCCUAUUUAGUGACAUAGCUUACACUGCUGUUCCACUGCUCAGGAGAAAGUGUGGCUGAAUUAUUUUUCCUAAAUGUGAACGUGAAGUAGUGUGUGAAUCUAAGCCAGAAGCAAUAUUGCCGUUGAACUGCUUAUACACAAUGCCCCCUAUAUAUUAUACAUGUCCAGUGAGAGUAUACACUGUACCUAUACCGUAAUAUCCUUCAUGUCAUACAUUUGGCGACAUCAAUCGUUUUUGUGGGUCGCUCUAAUGUCAUGCCACCCCCCACCAUAUAUUGGCCAUUCAUUAGUGUGGUUCAGUUAAUGUCAUGGCGCUCCCCCGUCCCCCCCCCCCCCAACAUAUAUUGGUCGUUCAUAUCCUGUAUUUUGGCGACAUCUUUCGUUAGUGUGGAUUACCCAGUGCCAUGCCCUCCCCAUAUAUUGGUU